CGUUUUUAUAAACAUAAACAUGUUGCCAGUAGUGAAAAUUUAGUAUAAAUAGAGACCCGCACGAUCGGAAAGAGCCUGUGCCGUCUGCGAGUGUUUAAUAAUGUCCGGGAAAACAAUGUCCAUCUGGAUGGUGCAAUGUGUGGUGCUUGUAUUGGUGCUAGGCCGAUGGGAUUACAUCGCUCAAGGUCAACGGCUGACCACCCGAAAAUGUGAAGAGUACCGAAAUAUAGUGGUCAACCGAACGUCGUUGGUACCACUCACAAUUAAUUCGAAACCGAUCAGGUUCGAGGUGUACAACUGUACCAACGUCGUCCAGCUGAUCGUCGGCGGGGAGCAGGCAAAGUACGGCGAGUUUCCGCAUCACGCCCUACUAGGCUAUCCUAGGAAGGAUGGAGAGAAAGGUUACGAUUUUCUCUGCGGUGGUACGCUCAUCAGCGAUCAGCACAUCCUGACCGCUGCUCACUGCUUCAAUGACGGUGAUCCGGUAAUUGUACGGGUCGGUGAGUACGAUACCAAGUCGGAAUCAAACGACGAAUAUGAUAGCGACAUUUUAAGCAUCCGGCGACAUCAGGACUAUUUGACCACACGCUCGUACCAUGAUAUUGCGCUGGUGAAGCUAAAGUACCCGAUCAUCCUAUCGAAACACAUCCGGCCAGCCUGUCUGUGGGAGACGGAGGAGCGCAACAGUACGCGCUACAUUGCGACCGGGUUCGGGUAUAACGAAACGUUCGGCACUACACUGUCCACCGUGAUGAUGAAGGUGAAUCUGGACGAGUUUCCGGUCAGUGAUUGUAAGCACAGUUUUAAGGGCCAUCUAAAGUUUCGUCAGGGUGUUCAUGAUGGACAGUUGUGCGUCGGUAGCAUCGUCGAGGGUCGUGAUACCUGCCAGGGCGAUUCGGGUGGACCGCUGCAGUUGGUGACCAACCCGAGGUCCUGCUCGUUUGCGGUGGUUGGCAUCACGUCCAUUGGGAGGGUUUGUGGCAUUGGCAAUGCGAAGGCGAUCUACACGAAGGUAUCACAUUAUGUUGACUGGAUAGAAGACAACGUGUGGGGUGUUAAUGCGAUGUGAGAGUGGUAAAUAAAAAUGUCACCACAAUACUAUCGCACGGUAGAAAUAUCAUUCAGGUUGCUCCAAGUGUUGUGUCGGUAAGAACUUAUUUUUCAUAACAUAAUACGACAUAGCGAUUCAGAUAAAAUACAUAAGGCGAAACUCAUCCCGGAAAAUCAUGAUAAAAUAGAACAUAUAACAGAAUAUGAAAAUGGUUUUGAGAACAGAUAUGUGAAACAGAUAAAAAACUCC